AUAAGAAACAAACUGCUGCUUCAUUUAAUCAUUUAACAGAGCACCAGUAGCAGCUAAAACUACCUUGGAUAUGGUAGCUGACUUUAUGCCUAGUUUUAAUAUACUUCAAGAAGAACAGCUGAAGCAAACAGGCUCCUGAAAACACACUUUCUGCCAAUAGUUGGUUAAGAGCAGAGAACGUGUGUAGACGUGGCUCCUGAGUGAAACACAGCGGGUCACCUAGACAUCUCAACAACUACCUGCUGAAAAUAUCUGACAACACAGAAUAGCGAUAUCGGUGAAGUAAAGACCAGUUAUCCACAACUAUGUCUAUGAAUAAUUCUCCAAACAUAUUUUUGGACCCACGUUUGAAUAGAUUUCAGGUGAAUGUCAUUAAUGAAAGCCAUGAGAACUCAAUUCAAUCUCAAGGAGAGCCCGAUCCACAUUACGAAGAGACUUCUUUCGCUAAAGAUGUUACCAAGAGACUCCGCAUCAGCUACAAGUCUGGAACACAAGAAACCUACGACCGUUUCUUCCAAAAUGGUGACACUGCUAAAACAGAUGGAAGCUUUCAUCCCUAUGACACGCACAGUAACACCUAUUAUCUAAAAACGUUUGGACAUAAUACCAUGGAUGUUGUGCCCAAAAUUGAUUAUUACCAGAAUACUGGAAGCAUCAGAGGGGUCAAAAUGAGCCGGCCAAGUCUGAUGGAUAUUCACGAACACAUGGCAAAGAAUAUCACGGUGACUUCAGUGGACAAAUUCAGUAAAGCAGAUGGCAACGCAGAAGAAGCUGAAUGCCGCAAGGAAGAAGAAACUAAAGGCAUAGUGAAAUUUGGAUGGAUGAAAGGUGUCCUGGUGAGAUGCAUGUUGAACAUCUGGGGUGUAAUGCUAUUUAUUCGUCUUUCCUGGAUCAUUGGCCAAGCUGGAAUUGGUCUUGGAGUUAGCAUAAUCCUUCUUGCUACCGUGGUUACUUCCAUUACUGGCUUAUCGACUUCUGCAAUAGCAACUAAUGGUUUUGUCCGUGGAGGUCUUGGAGUUGUCGUCAUUUCCCUGAGUGUGGUUGUUACAACCUUAACAGGUAUUUCCAUGUCUGCCAUAUGUACCAAUGGAGUGGUAAGAGGAGGUGGUGCUUAUUACCUGAUCUCACGGAGCUUAGGGCCUGAAUUUGGGGGCUCCAUCGGUCUCAUCUUUGCCUUUGCCAACGCUGUGGCAGUGGCCAUGUACGUGGUGGGCUUUGCCGAAACCGUUGUGGAACUCCUGAAGAGCAGUAAUGCCAUCAUGGUUGAUGCAACCAAUGACAUCCGGAUAAUUGGCGUCAUAACAGUUAUAAUUUUAUUGGGCAUUUCGGUGGCUGGUAUGGAAUGGGAAGCAAAGGCCCAGGUGAUUCUUUUAAUGAUCCUUCUGAUUGCCAUCGUAAAUUUUUUCAUUGGGACUGUUAUCCCUAGCAAUGCAGAAAAGAAGGCGAGAGGUUUUUUCAAUUAUCAAGCAUCCAUAUUUGCAGAAAACUUUGGGCCAGAAUUCAGAGCGGAUGAAGGAUUUUUCUCGGUGUUUGCCAUUUUUUUCCCAGCGGCCACUGGCAUUCUGGCAGGAGCCAACAUCUCUGGAGACUUAGAGGAUCCCCAAGAAGCUAUACCUAAAGGAACAAUGCUUGCCAUUCUGAUCACCACCAUUGCUUACAUAGGAGUUGCAAUCUGUGCAGCUGCUUGUGUCGUGCGCGAUGCUACAGGGAAUGUCAACGAUACCGUGGUAUCUGGGAUGAAUUGCAAUGGAUCGUCUGCUUGUGCCCUGGGCUAUGAUUUCUCCAGCUGUAAAAUCCAGACAUGUGAUUAUGGGCUGAUGAAUAAUUUCCAGGUUAUGAGCAUGGUUUCAGGGUUCGGACCCUUAAUCACCGCUGGGAUAUUUUCUGCCACACUCUCUUCCGCAUUAGCUUCACUUGUCAGCGCGCCAAAGGUUUUCCAGGCUCUCUGCAAGGAUAACAUCUAUCGAGCACUCCACUUUUUUGCUAAAGGAUAUGGGAAAAAUAAUGAACCGAUCCGAGGAUAUAUUCUGACUUUCUUCAUUGCUUUGGCCUUCAUUCUGAUUGCCGAGCUGAACACCAUUGCUCCGAUCAUCUCCAACUUCUUCCUGGCUUCCUACGCCCUCAUCAAUUUCUCUUGCUUCCACGCGUCGUAUGCAAAAUCUCCAGGCUGGAGACCUGCCUUUAGGUAUUACAACCUGUGGGUAUCCCUUUUUGGAGCUGUGCUUUGCUGUGGUGUCAUGUUUGUCAUCAACUGGUGGGCAGCUCUUAUCACAUAUGCCAUUGAGUUCUUUCUGUAUAUUUAUGUGACCUACAAGAAGCCAGAAGUCAAUUGGGGAUCAUCUGCCCAGGCACUUUACUACAUUAAUGCCAUUGAGAGCGCAUUGGAACUAACUACAGUGGACGAUCACGUGAAGAACUUCCGGCCUCAAUGCAUCGUUUUGACAGGAGGACCUAUGACAAGGCCGGCUUUGUUAGACAUCACUCAUUCAUUCACGAAGGACAACGGUCUUUGCAUCUGCUGUGAAGUGUUCAUGGGCCCACGCAAGCUGUGCGUUACAGAGAUGAACAGUGGCAUGACAACGAAGCAGGCCUGGCUGGCGAAGAAUAAAAGGAAAGCUUUUUAUGCGGCAGUGGCGGCCGACAGCUUUAGAGAUGGAGUCAGAAGUCUUCUUCAGGCCUCUGGUUUGGGAAGAAUAAGACCUAAUACUUUGGUGCUUGGAUUUAAAAAAGAUUGGAGACAUGCCACUGCAAUACAAGUUGAAAAUUACACAGGUGCCAUACACGACGCGUUCGACUUUGAAUUUGGUGUGAUAAUUGUUCGAAUAAGCCAAGGGUUUGAUAUAUCGCAAGUCCUCCAGGUUCAAGAGGAAUUGAAGAAGAUGGAGCAGGAGAGACAAGCCCUAGAAGCAACUCUUAAAGAUAAUGAUUUUGAAGAACAAAAUUAUGGUAUCCGUAGAUUCUUUAGAAGAACCACCAAGCUCAACUUUUCAAAGACAAUGCCUCAAAAAGGCUGCAGCAUUAGCACAAUCUCUUCAGUGCACGUUGGGGAAUUCAAUCAACGGCUGCUGGAAGCUAGUCUUCAGUUUAAAAAAAAGCAAGGGAAGGGCUCCAUCGAUGUGUGGUGGCUGUUUGAUGAUGGAGGGCUAAUCCUCCUAAUUCCCUAUAUUCUGACACUCCGGAAAAAGUGGAAGGAUUGCAAACUAAGGAUCUUUACUGGUGGAAAAGUUACUCGUCUUGAAGAAGAAAAGUUGAUGAUGGCUUCGCUGUUAAGUAAGUUUAGAAUAAAAUUUGCCGACAUUAAUAUAAUUGGAGACAUCAACAUGAAACCCAAUAAAGAGAGCUGGAAAUUCUUUGAAGAGAUGAUUGAACCCUAUCGCCUUCAUGAAAGCUGCAAAGAUUUAACAACCGCUGAGAAAUUAAAAAGAGAGGCACCGUGGAAAAUCACUGAUGCAGAACUGGAAGCAUUCAAGGAAAAGAGUUACCGUCAGGUCCGUUUGAAUGAACUCCUACAGGAGCACUCUCGAGCUGCUAAUCUAAUUAUUCUGAGCCUACCAGUGGCAAGAAAAGGAAUUGUAUCAGAUUACCUCUACAUGGCUUGGUUAGAAAUCCUCUCCAAGAACCUACCUCCGGUGUUGCUCAUUCGAGGCAACCACAAAAAUGUACUAACAUUUUACUCAUAACAAACUCUUCCCCUGGAGUCCAUUACAUGCAUUCUGGACAUAACAAUGGACUUAAUAUAACAGACUUCCAACAGAUUAUUUUGCUAUCAAUAUCACAGAGUAAAAAAUGAAUCAUAUCCACAAAAAAGGGAGAGGAAAUGGAAGACCAGGACUGACAGGGCAAGGUGAAAUGGAAGAGAGUAUACCUUGAAAAAAAACCUGCAUUCCACAUUUCAAGUCUCUCUUUAAAAAUCUAGCUUUCAUCACAAAUGUCAAAAUAUACACCAACUUCCACUCCUAUUAUGAAUACAUUAGGUUUGAUUACUGCAGUCCUGUGCUCCAGAAUAACGUACAAUUCUAGUUAUGCAAAAAGUUCCAUUCUCCCCCAAAGAAUCCAAAAUGUAUGAUUUUUCUGUUCAAUGCUAUACCAGCCUACAUAACUUCAAUGUUUGUGUUUCAUAAAUAAAUCUGGUUCUAAUCUUUUUUUCUAUUCCUGUCAGUGUAACUGGGGAGCAAAAUGUCAUAAUUUAUAAUGCGUAACACGCAGUUUCAAAUUAUCACCUCAAGAGAACUGAAAUCAUAUUCAAUCAACACUUAAGAAAACUUUGAAAGCAAAAAUAUGUGUACUAACCUGAAUUUUUAAAGAUUUCAUAGUGACAUUGAUUUCUUUAGAAUUAUAAAUGGAAGUAAAGUAGCACAGUGGCUUGGCACAACUUAAGAUAUGUUUUUUUAAUAAAUUUUAAUCUUUUUCUGACUGGUAGGAAUAUUUCAACUUGCAUAUUAAUUUGUUAACAAAUAAAAAUGAAUCAAAGGUUUAUCCCCAUUGCAUACUUUGAUUUGAAUUUUUUUUGUUUCCAUCUGAAAAAAAUUCAAAGAGGCAUCUUUAUUAAAUUUGUUGCAACACAGGCUACAUUGAACAUUAGAAAAACUAACACAUUUGUCCCAAAUUUUUGUGCACUAAAAUUCCUAUUAUCCAAAGCAUCAUAAACUGGCAACAAAAAUAUGUGGUUUGUCAUAAUUCAAGUGAUUAAAUAUUACCAGCCAUAUAGAACAUUUGACACACAAUCAUCUUAGAAUAGUUAGAUUUCAUCUAAAUCAGUGGUUCUCAACCUUCCCAAUGCCCCGACCCUUUAAUACAGUUCCUCAUGUUGUGGUGACCCCCAACCAUAAAAUUAUUUUCGUUGCUACUUCAUAACUGUAAUUUUGCUAC